UAAAUAAAAAAAUCGUCUCAGUUUUUUAGUGGCCCUAAUCCACUUCCGUAUUAAACAAACGUUAAACAUAAAAAUACAUCAAAGAUUUUUCAGUGAACAUUUCUACGGAUACAAUUCUUCUACUCAUGCGAGCUUGCCUUGCUCUUAUUUUGAAAUCUGCCACCUCCCCGGCGGUGUCCUGCUAACUCUGGUUAACCUGACACCCAGGCUGUGGGAUGAGGCGGAGGGACGGGAGUACCCCAUUCAUUGACACUGCCUCUCCAUCUACGUACAACAGCGGAUCUCCCCGUGAGGACAGACUGAGUGGACAGGCUUGAUGGAGACAUAGAUGUGAUGUAAAAACGUCCCGGAUGAACCUGUUCAGCUCUCUAGUCGGGGGAAACUAUGACUAUUUUACACGGCUGACGAUCUGGGAGACUCUUUUUACUUUUGCUUGCGUCUGAUCCGGACAGUCUUUCAUUUAUUUAUAAAGGUGCUGCACCCUCAGUCCUGCUCCAUCCACCCCCUCUGCUGUCUGUCUCUGAGCCCUGCUGAAAGGAUGGAAACCCGUCUAUGUUUCUCCAAGUCCCCGCUACUGGUGCUGCUCUGCACGGCGUGUGCACUGUCAGGGAUCCGGAGCCCCGUGGCUUCAGCGGGGAGGAGCUGCGCAGACACCCGGCAGGCGUACGCGGAGAAGGGGUACGGCACGGGCACUGCACCGAUGACUCAAAUUUCCGGAGAGCACCUGCGUCUCUGCCCCCAGGACUACACCUGCUGCUCCAGUCAGAUGGAGGAGACGCUGGCGCUCCAGAGCGAGAGAGACUUCGUCAGAGCGGUAGAAGAGAACAGCCAGUUCCUUCUGACUACCUUCACCCAGAGAUACCGCAGGUUUGAUGAGUUCUUCAGAGAGCUAAUAGACCUGUCAGAGAAGUCCAUGAACCAAAUGUUUACCAAGACCUACGGCCGCCUCUUUACCCAGAAUGCACAUGUCUUCCAGGAGCUGUUUGUGGAGCUGCGCAGAUAUUAUUCUGGGGGCAGUGUAAGCCUGUCUGAGGUCCUCUCAGAUUUCUGGUCCAGGCUGGUGGAGCGGGUCUUCUCUCUGGUCAACCCCCAGUAUCAGUUCAGCGAAGACUACCUGGAGUGUGUCAGCAAACACGCCGAGCAGCUGCAGCCGUUCGGGGAUGUGCCCCGCAAACUUCGUGUACAAGUAUCGAGGGCUUUCAUCGCAGCCAGAGCUCUCUCCCAGGCUUUGGCUACUGGUAGAGAUACUGUUAACAAAGUUACAAAGCUGACUGCAGAUUCCGAGUGUGUGCGUGGGCUGAUGCGUCAGUGGUACUGCCCACUGUGUCGAGGCAUGCCCUCCCUGCGGCCCUGCCACUCCCUGUGCCUUAACGUGAUGAAGGGCUGCUUAGCCAAUCAGGCCGACCUGGACACCGAAUGGAACAAUUUCAUUGACGCUCUGUACCAGGUCUCAGAGAAACUGGAGGGUCCGUUCAACAUGGAGCUGGCAGCCGACUCCAUCGCUGUGAAAGUGUCGGAGGCCAUCAUGCACAUGCAGGAAAACAGCGUCAGCAUCUCCACCAAGGUGUUUCAAGGUUGUGGAAACCCAAGGCCAACUCCAGGAAGGUCCAAACGCUCACCCAAAGAGUCUGCAGGCAACAGGAGACCUUUCCGUACCUACACCCCAGAGGAGAAACCCACCACUGCUGCAGGCACCAACCUGGACCGGCUGGUUACAGAGCUGAAGGAGCGACUGCGGCCCAUGCGUGGUUUCUGGGUGUCCCUCCCACACACCAUCUGCAACGAUGAGAAGAUGGCUACCGACGUCACUAAUGAAGACCGCUGCUGGAACGGGCAGACCCGAGGGAGGUAUCUCCCGGAUGUGACCGGCGACGGUCUGGUGAGCCAGAUCAACAAUCCUGAGGUGGAAGUGGACAUCGCCCGUCCAGAUGUGAGGACCAGGCAUCUGAUCAUGGAGCUGAGGGUGGCAACUAACAAACUGAGACAUGCUCAGACUGGACAGAACAUGGACUUUGUGGACAGUGAGGAGGGCAGUGGCUCUGGAGGUGGUGACCACGGUGAGAGGUACAAUGAUGAUUGGCCAGGUUACGGUCCUAACUCUCCCCCCUACAACAACAAACCCCCUCUUAACCCCGCCUCCAACCCCGUGAAACCGCCGCGAAUCCGAGACAAAAACGGGUCCAAGUGGAACAGAAACAACGGCCACGGGCGGGUCAGAUCUGCUUCCAGCCGCCUCGCCUUCUCCCUGGUUCUGUUUUCUCUAUCUUUUGUGGUUAACGUCGCCCUCAUGUGGAGAUAGCUGGUUAUUACAGUCUGCGAGUUUAGUAUCUGUGAUUAUUGGUUCUCAAGCACAUUAAGAAUAAAGUCAUUCCAUUUGGGUACACCAGCAAGAUAAAUACACAAAACAGGCUCAAUUAGCAAUAACUGCAAACCUGUUUACAGCACAACCAAGAGAAACAUAAAACUGUUGUUCUCUUGAUUUCCAGGCCCCAAAAGAGGCUUUUUAAAAACAAAAACUAUUCUGAAUAAGUGUUUUAAUAUUAUUAGUGCCAUUAAUAAGAUAUUGGACCAACUGGAGUCUAAACGCUGAUUGGUGUUCAGUGUUAGAGCAUCGGUUCUCACCUGGUUUAGAGUCAGGAUCCACUACCACCUCCUGAUUCCAUUUUUUCAACCACAGACAAAUUAUUUCAAUCACAAUGGGGUAGUCUGGGCUUCACAACUCACCUCUGGAUCCUGACCAACCAGUCAAGAACCAAGUGUUAUUUAAGUCUCAAGUGAAAGCAGAAGAAAGCACUGUUAGAGAAAUAUAGAAGUGUGCAGCAUGUUUGGAAGUUUAAAGAGCAACGAGCAGCUUGGACUUUUUGCAGCAUUUAUACUAAAACCAGCUGGUUUUAUAUGUUUUAUAAGAGAAGGCACAAAUUUACAGGCCAGCUGAUGAUGAAUGGGGUUUUUUCAGUAUUCCAUCAUGUUGCAUAGAGAACAUGUCGUCUCUUUGCCCCAAACUACAAACUUUGAUACUGUUCAUACUAAGUAUGACCAGUGGUUAAAGCCAUAUUCUUGAUUCAGGCUUUAAAAUGCAAAGAUAAACAACAAUAUUAGCAAAUUUUAAAGCCCUGUACGCAUGCCUUCCACUCCUGUCUGCACCAGGUGUGAAAUCCCGUCCAUCUCCUGCACAGAUUAAGACACUUCAUGUUAAAUAUUCAGGAUAACAAGACAGCGUUUAAUUAAAGGCAAUAUUGAUAUGCUUACUUAAGCACCACCCUGAAGAAGUUUCCUCUUUGAAUGAAGGAAACCCAAAAAAUACAACCACAUCUUUGUCAUUACGGUGCCACACAUGGGUAAAAAGCAGCUGAGGGUCCCAGACUGAUUUAACUCCUGGUUUUGGAUAGUAAUAGCAAUGUCAAAGUCAUAUUUACCAACUUUAUUUACAUAUAAUUUAUUUUAAAGUCUACAGAGGUGAAAUUGUUUCCUGAUUUCUGGAAAGUCUGGGCUUGAUAAAAACUGCAGCACACUUUCAUCCCUUUACAUAAGGAUAAUGUCCAUGGAAAGGUUUUUUGUUCUUCCCCAUUUAACUGCAUAAUGGCUCAGUGUCUCUGCACUGGUGCAUGUUUGCAGUCACAGGCCAACAAUAUAAUAAGAGGAGUGUUAAAGCUGUGCCUUCUGGCUUUUUUACAACAUUUUAGAGAACGCACUUUUUUUGUGGAGCUUUAACAAAGAAUCACCCAGCCCACCUGCCGUGUGAUGCUGGCUAUGGUGGCUACGGUUUCAAACGUAUUUAUACAACAUUGGCGAUUAGAGCUGAAAAAACAGCAGUUAAACUGCGAUUUCCUAGUGAAUGCUUCUUACACCAAUGACACAUCUCCUGUGUUAUUAAUAUGAGCGGAUCUUUAAAGAGCUGACUAUGAUCAGAGAUCGUGGAGCAGGUGCAUCACUUCCUCCAAAUACAUUUCCCUGUGGGCAUGUUUCGACAAAGUCCAGUUGUUUCCUGGAACACAUUCAACUCAGUUGUGACGUUGUUCCCAGCUCCGCCAGUGUUGACUUGGUGCAACAUUUUAGGAUUUUAGAGAAAACCUUUUCUUAUUUAUGAUGUUUUCAUGGCACCAAUAUCAAAGCAGUGCACCCAAGAAGUCUUCUGAGAGGAAUCAAGGACAAUUGGAGCAUCGGUGUGGCAUGCAAAUCAACACAGACACGCACCACCAAAUAUAGAAGUAAGAUGUGGUAAAUAUAACAUUACAGAAGCAAUGAAAACUAAUGACAGGAUCAUCAUAAAAUGUUAAAAAGCCAGAGCAAGGAGAUAUUUUCAAGCAAGGACGUAGAGCAGUGAUCAGCAUCUGUCCCCCUACAGCUUCCUGUUUGGCCUUCAGAAUUUAUUUAAAUUCAGGGAAUGUUAGAAGGAAAAACAUGCCAUGAUAUUGAGGGUAUUUCAGAUCUUUACAGCUUCUAAAGCAACCCCCCAAAACAUUUAGGACUGAAAAUCCAGAGAUUAGGCAAAUAUUUCAACCCACAUACUCAGCUCUGCUGCUCAUCCCACACAUGCACACAUGAUCCUUACUAAUCUGGCUCCAUUUAAAGAGAAAUAAACAGACUUUACAACGGUAUACAAUUUGAAGCAUUGUUACAACAAAGAAAUGAACAACCAAACACUCAUGUACUUUUUGUGCUAAGUUUAUUUUCCUUCCUUUUGAUUCAAACUGCAAGUUGCUCUUUAAACUCACCGUCUCAUUGGUGCAUGAGACUGAAACUGUCAUUGGUUGAGUUUUGUGCUGCCUUUUCUGAAUCUGUACUUAUUUAUUUUAAACGAUCCUGGUUUCAGUCAGCUUGUGAUUAAUCGCUUCCUAUGGCAUUGGGUAGUUAACAUCAGUAUUUUGGUGCAGACUUUAAAGAAAGUUUACUGUAAGCCUCCUGAAUUGGAACAAAAGGCUUACUUUGAAUGUAACAAACUGCUAAAAAAGCUUUGGGUUAACUUGACAAGACAGGUGGUCGUUUAAUGUAAUAUAUUUUAAUUUAUUUGUAAUAUAUUUCUUGUGUAUGAGCAGUGUGUAUGAAAGUGUGCCUCUGUUUGAUGCUUUUCUAUGGUUUGAUGUCUCUUCUUGUAUCAAAGUUUUGAGGUCAUGUCGAUAAAAGCAGGUAUGUUUUCUUAA